UCUUCCAAGUGAAAAAAAUUGGUCUUUAGCAUAGAGAUAUUUCGAAUAGUACAACCAAGAGUGCGAUAUUUAACUAAUAUCAGCUGGUUUUACAGAAGAGGGUGGAUUUAGUACAAUUUCCAACUAAAAUAAUAAAAUGAAUAGGAUAAAAAAGGUGCUUAUAUUGUAUACCAAUCACAUGGGUAAGGGGAAAAUACAGCUCUACUGUGUUGGCAGAUUUACAGUAUUGUGUUGUUUUUAUUUUAUUUUAUUAUAAUUUUACCUUCUUUCACAUCUUAUUUGAUUACAUUAAGAGUAUUUAUUUAUUUAUUAGUCGAAAUAAUUUAGACUAAUAAAUUCCUCAGUUGAAAAAUUUGUAAACAAAUGGUUGUAGUCAAUAUAUAAUCGUUUUUAUUCCUUCACACAGUAGGGAAAAAAACAGCUUUGAAAAACUACGGUGCCAUUGAAUCAUGGGUAAUAGACCUUUUAACCAAAUCAGAAGUGAUUUCAAUCAAUCUCACCUGGUAAAGUUUCACUUGCACUGCUGCUGUGUUCAAGCAUCACAACACAAUUUUUUCUUUUUCUGUGGUACUUUAUCAAGUUUGUUAAAUGGAGUCAUCAAAAGUGGACGAGUCAUUUCCUACACCUCCAUCAUUUUUAUUAUCAGAAGGAACUAGGACAUGGCAAGAUGUGAGAAUCAGCCAAAUCCACUCACCUUACAGCCCUCUGCCACCACCACCUCCCUUCCCCUCUCCUCUGUCAGUGACUGCUACUCCUUCAUGCACUCCCAGACCAAAGUUUGUGAGCUAUGAAACUGAGUUGUUGCGCUCUCCAGCACUGACAACAUGCACCACCUGUCAAACUCAGGUCACCACCGAAGUCACCUUCCAAGUAGGGACCUAUGCUUGGCUCAUGUGUCUUGUGUUUCUGUUGUGUGGGUUGAUUUUGGGCUGUUGCCUGAUUCCAUUUUUUGUAAACCAGUUUAAGGAUGCCUACCACUCAUGUCCUCUUUGUCAUCGGGUCCUUCAUAUACAUAAAAAGGCAUGCUGUAAAUGAAAUACAUUGUAGUAGUAAGAUACAUGCCUUUGAGACAGAUUUAUAUGUUUAGUAAUAUAUAAUAUAUAAGUUCCUUUCAUGUAGAAUUAUGAAACUUUUAACCAAUUUUUAGGCAUAUUUAGAAACAAAGUAUUCAAUAAAUGUUUUCUGGGCCAACUUUUUUAAUAAGAAAUAUA